GAAAACAAAAAAUAAUAUUGACGUGUAAGUUUUAUGCUGCGGGUUCUCGUUUUAUCACAGGAUUUUUGAUCGGCACGCAAAAUUUCUAUCUAUCUUAAGAAAAGUGAACGGAUUCCUAGUUAAAUUUGACGACAAACGCGACUGCAAUUCAUGAACUUCCUAAAAAGUGGUUUGCAAACGGUGCUGGGCUCGCAAGAGCCCGGCCACCAGCCAAGUGGUGCCGAAACGGUGGAACGUCUGGUUGAACGAGUAACAUCCUCUACGCUACUGGAUGAUCGCCGUGAUGCGUGUCGAGCAUUGAAGGCAAUGUCCAAAAAAUAUCGUGUCGAGGUCGGGGCCCAGGGGAUGCCAGCUUUGGUACAGAUCUUGGAAAUGGAUCGCGCUGAUCCGGAAAUUAUCGGAUACUGCUUAGACACUUUGUGCUGUAUCACAUCUCCCGAACAGUUCGACGAGGAGGCAGAAAAUCCUAAUAUUACAGUCAAUAUCGGGGAACAGUUUACGGAAAUGUUAAUCAAAUCUAACGAGAAUGUUACCCUGGUAUUAAACUGCCUAGAAGAGUAUGAUUUCAGAGUACGAUGGUCAGCCAUCAAGUUGUUGACCAGUUUGUUAGCCAACAGGCCUAAAGAGAUCCAGGAAAUCGUUCUUGUGAGUCCAAUGGGCGUUUCAAAGUUGAUGGAUUUACUAAUCGAUAGUCGAGAGGUGAUAAGGAAUGAUGCUUUGCUGUUGCUGAUUCAAUUGACAAAAGGAAAUGCAAAUAUCCAAAAAAUUGUGGCUUUUGAGAAUGCGUUUGAUCGACUAUUCGACGUUAUCAAAGAGGAAGGAUGUUCGGAUGGAGGCAUAGUUGUGGAAGAUUGUUUAAUAUUGAUGUUGAAUUUAUUGAAAAACAACCCUAGCAAUCAGCAAUUUUUCAAGGAAGGUUCAUAUAUUCAACGUCUGGCCCCGAUGUUUGUCAUAUCUCCAGAACAAGAAGAAAUCGGAAUGACUCCACAAAAAGUGUCUAACUUACUUUGCAUGCUUCAAAUUGUGCGGUCGUUGGUAAGUCCUAUAAAUCCACAGCACGUCGUAUCUUCCUGUCAGAAAGCGAUGAGAAGCUCAGGACUUUUGGAGGCGCUUUGUAAUAUCCUUAUGGGCAGUGGAGUUUCGCCAGACAUUCUUACCGAAACUAUCAACACCGUGGCUGAAGUAAUACGUGGCGAUUCCAAUAAUCAGGAAUAUUUUAAUUCCUUUCUUGCUCCGAGCAAUCCUCCCCGACCAGCCUUGAUAGUGUUGCUCAUGUCGAUGGUCAACGAGAAACAACCACUUCCUCUGCGUUGUGCUGUACUUUACUGCUUCCAAAGUUUUCUGUAUAAAAAUGAAACGGGCCAAAAUGCUCUGGUUCAAACUUUGUUGCCCUCGACAGCACAAGUAUCAUCACUCACCUCUGGACAACUGCUCUGUGGUGGCCUCUUCAGUACGGAUCCGCUUUCUAACUGGUUCUCAGCUGUUUCAUUAGCACACGGUUUGCUCGAAAAUCCAACUCAAAAGGAACAACUUCUACGGGUCCUUCUUGCAACAUCCGUUGGCAGCACGCCGGUUUCCCUUCUUCAGCAAUGCACUCAACUACUGCAGCAAGCCAACUGCAAAUUUCAAACCAAAGUAUCUUUGCUAAUGCUUUUGGCCGUUUGGCUUAGCCACUGUCCACUUUCCGUGAAAACAUUCCUCUCGACUCCGGGAACUGUUGCUUAUUUGAUUGCACAAAUUUCGGCCAACGAGCACGACGACAAUGAGUAUCUUAUUCAGGGAUUGUGUGCUUUUCUCAUGGGAAUAAGCAUUCAGUUCAAUGACAACUCGGUUCAGGGAAGUAAGCGAGAUGACCUGUGUCAGUUGCUGAUCAAACGGAUCGGCCUAGACACUUUCGGUGCUAAACUAGGGGAAGUAUCUAAGCACGAGAACUAUAGCCGAUCGGCGAAGCAACCCCAGAUUCGGAUACGUGCCAGCUCGGAUCUGCUGUUGGAUUAUGAGUUUUGCAAACUGUUCAAAGCUCUGGAAGCUGUCAUCACAAAAACCGUAAGCAAUUUUGGAAAUGGAGCAGAAAACAUCACUGAACUAACAUUGAGUCAGGAGGCUUCAGGACUGGUGGGACAGUACAAAGACAUAAUUCGGGAUCAGGACAAUCGUUUAAAGAACUUGCAAGAACAACUACAAAUGGCUGAAGCUGUUUCCGCACAGUUGAAGGUGAAUCUGGAACAAGCACAGACAACCAACUCCCAACUGUCGGACCAGAACAUAUUGCUCAAAGCUCAACUUCAGGCGGCAUCUGAUUUGCAGAAAAACACACAACAAUCGCCAUUCCACGUCCUUUCUGCGCAGGGUGAAACUCCUCACCAUCAGGCAGCGAUGGAAAGCCUCCAGAAUCAACUGUCUGCUGUUACGUUCCAACAGCAGGAACAACAGUCCAAAACAAUCUAUUUGGAAGCCGAAAACCGGCGUUUGCUCGAUGAGCUAGAUGGCUUCCGAUCGAGGGUUAGCGAAGCGGAGAAAUCUGCUACCGAAAGUCGUAGUGAUUUGGACAAACUUCGUCGAGACCAGGAAGAUCUGAUGGAGUUGCUGACGGAUCAGGAAACUAAGAUAGGAUCUUAUCGGCAGUUGCUAAAACAACUGGGUCACAAGUUGGAUGAUGAUAGUGACGAAGAUGAGGAAGAAAAAGCUGAAAACGGAGAAACUUGAACUCCAACAAUAGUGCAAUAGUAUGUGCUUGCUUCUCAUGUUCGAAAAUAGAUUUGUUCAGUCGUAUGUCAAAUUUUAGUUUUGGUAUGCUUUUCAAUUGUAGCUUGAUUCAGGUUCGUACUAUUAAUAUAAUAUUAUAAAUGCAAUGAACAUACACGAGUAUUAAAAUACUUGGCUCUUUGAUUUUCACUUUAUAGAAUAAAAGAUUUAUCAAAAUCUUUCAUUAAAUUUUGUUUUUCUUAGGACACAAAGUAAACUUUUGUCAACAUAAGUAUUGAAUUGGAAAUUAUUUAACUCAUAAACGGUCUAACAUGUGAAUUGAAGACUUUUAGGAGUUUGAAGGCUUGUAACUUCGAACAUGACACUCCGUUUCGUUCGAGGGCCGCUUAGUUUCCCGAGGCAUUUAAACAAUAAAAUAUUCAUAGAAAUGCAUUGCAUCAAAACAACAAAAUAAGUCAUCCCAUCGAAGUUGCC